AAUGUCGAACUGCGAGCUUGCAAGAAGGAAGACAUUGCCGCCCUGAAAAAUCUGACCAGUCUUCUCCUUCCAAUCCCCUACCAGGACCGCUUCUAUAAAGAGAUUAUCGAAGACCCGGUAACAAACAACAUCACUCUCGUCGCUACCUGGCACGAUGAUCCGAUCACAAAAGGCCGCGACAAAGGACGCCUGAUCGGAGCGGUUCGAUGUCGACUACUUCCCGAGCUUCCUUCGACGAUCCCUCAACCCAAAUCCGACGAUGCACCAAUGCUAUACCUCAGCACUCUGGUCCUACUCUCUCCAUACCGGCAACAUGGUAUCGCGACGCAGCUUUUGCAGAUUCUCACGCAGCGCGCAGUGAACGCAUAUGGUAUCACUAGCGUUGGGGCUCACGUCUGGGAGGCCAACGCGGAAGGCUUGGAGUGGUACCGCAAGCGUGGAUUCCGAGAAGUCGGAAAGGAGGAAGGCUACUAUCGGAAGCUGAAGCCUUCGACUGCGGUGGUCAUGCAGCGC